AUGCGCUGUCUCCGCUCCCCUGCUGCUGCUGAGAGUCUCUUCUUCACCGAGGAGGCAAAGAACUACUGCCGCCUCUGCAUGGAGGAGUCACAGACACCACCAAAGUUGCACAUCUCAACUGCCUACCGCGCGAGUCAUACGAAUCACGCGUGCCGUGAGGUUGUGCUGGACAGUCUGGCUCUGCUGGCGAUGCGGGGGUACCCGAUUGAUGACAUUUACCUCGUCUGGGCCGACGUGCUCUACGGCGAGCAGACGUUCCGGCGCAUCCCACAACUCGUCUCCCCGCGUUGGAGCGUGAGUCAACGCAGUGAGGUGCUGAGCAAGUUGUUGAUGAUGCUGAAGGAUUUGGGUGUCAUCGACAUCUCCCUCGCUGCUCAGGCGCCGGACACGUUUGACAACGCCACGCAGCAGCUGCACCACCGCCGUCGCGUUGCGUUUGAACGGCUGGAGUACAUUGGCGACAAUUCGUGGGGCAAUCACCUCUCCAACCGCAUGAUGAUUCUUUUCCCCGACAAGCAGUGGGCGUAUAGCCAAAAUGCGUAUGCCUUCAACUGCUUCCGUGACGCGUGCGAGAUGAACGUGACGCUGGAGUUCAUGUUCGACACGCUCCGCGUAAGUGAGUUGCUGCCGUGUGGCGUGCGGGAGAAGUUAGGCGCGGGCAAGAUCAAGGCCGAUGUGCUGGAGGCCGUAAUUGGCGAGUUGCAUGUCACCCUGUGGGGGCUGGAGCCACAGCUGUAUGAUUCCGCCUGCUUUGUGGAGGUGAAUGGCGUUGGCGAGGCGCGGCUUUCAGCGGUGGUGGAGCACUGUCUGACGGAGAUAUACGAUCUCAUCAUGUUGUCCUAUGUGCAGGAACUGAGCGGCUCCGCGCUGCCGCUUGCGAAGGAGGUGGCGGCGAGCCGCAUAUGGAACACUGUCUAUCCACCGGUGCGGCGUACAAAGGACCGGGCCGGUGCCGCACGCAAAGGCCGCAGCAGUGCGACGACUGUAAUUGGUGUUGGUGAAUUGCGGCAGCUUCCGCCGCUGCCGUCGCUCUUCGCAGCGCCGGUGCCGCGGCCCAAUGUGAUGCCACACCCGCUGCGGCAACUGCGUGCGGUGGGGGAGAUUCCAGAAGAGACAGUCUGUGCACACACGCAGAGUGAUGUGUUUGCGCGCUUCAUUAAGAGUUACGAGGGGCUGGGUCUUCUUGAUGACAAUUUAUCAUCCACAAUAGACGCUCGCCGACUGCGAGACGUGCGUUUCUCGUUAUUAAGACGCCAGUUAGUACCCUCAUUGCCCGUAGAGGUGGAGGAUGCGGAAGAAGCAGCUGUAGCAACAACGGAGAAAGGUGUGGAAGCAGCAGAAACAGAGGGAAGUGAUUACAUUGGUGGUGGUGGCAGCAGCAGCAGCAGUAGGAGCAGUGGUGGUGUGAUUGUGGCUGAACAGGUGCUAAACUUGGAAGAGGUGUACUUUCGUGAUGCGUACUUUGACAUCUUUCCUGCACCACUCUCUGCUACAGCUAAUCCUGAUAAUGAUGAUGCUGAUGGUGAAAGGAGCCGCAGAGUUGUUGUUGCAUCCCCGUCCUCGGGGAAGAGCUGGAAGGGUGGCAUCGGUUAUGACGUGCAGCUGCGAAUGGCAGCGACUGUUGUGUACCCACCGCUCCACGACACCCCAACACAUGCGCCGGUUGGAGCAGCGUCGAAGGGCGAUCGUGUUUGUACCUUUGCAUCGUCGGUGUACGUACCAGCAGGCACCAAGCCGCCCUCAGCGGGUGUGGUGACAGACAAAAACCUCCACUUUGGUGAGUUUGCUUUCUUGCCUGGGGGCACAGAGGUGGCAAAUAACGCGCAAGAGACUGAGGAAGAAAGCAGCAAUGGCCCUACAACUGGAGAGGGCACUGAUGUGGUGGAAGAGCCCAUUGAGGCUACAGCAGCCGCUGACAAUGAUCACACAACUGGGGCAGUGGGCAGUGCUCAGGGGGAUCAGGCGGGGGGAGGGGUUCACGACUUGCGGCGGCGAACGCAGGCGAAGUGGCGCUGCGAGAACCCGUACUUCCCCUGCAGAGCAGCCCUCGCAUGA